CCGCGCCAGCGAGUCCGAACCGCGGCCCAUGGCGGAGAGCCACUCACCGGCCGGGCUGGGGGAGGCUGCGUCCCUGGCUGGGCCGGGCGUCCCCGCUUCGGAGGCGGAAAGCCGGCGGCGGCCGCUGAGCGAGCUGCGCGUGAUCGACCUGCGCGCCGAGCUGCGGCAGCGCAACCUGGACAGCGGCGGCAACAAGAGCGUCCUCAUGGAGCGGCUGAGGAAGGCUAUUGAGGAGGAAGGAGGGAAUCCUGAUGAAAUUCCAGUGGUUUCAGAAAAUAUCAUGAAGAAAACUCCAAAAAGAAGCAGCAAAGGACGUAGAGCAGAUGAAGAGGGAGUGGAGGACAAUGGCCUGGAGGAGGAUUCUGGAGAUGGACAGGACGAUAUGGAAGCAAGUUUGGAUAACUUGCAGGAUAUUGACAUGAUGGAUAUUAGUGUGUUAGAUGAAGCUGAAAUAGAUAAUGGCAAUGCAGUAGAUUGUGGAGAUGAUUACAGUGCCCAUAAUAUUCUUGACUCGCUGUCUGAUAGUAAAGAAAAUGCUGAUGCAGAAGUGAAAGAAUUUCCAGAUCAGCCUACAGACUAUGCUGUAGGUAACUUGGAGGCAUCCCCACAGUUUUCAGAAAUUAAAGAAGAAUCAAGAGAAAUACCAAUAGUGAUGGUAGAGUUUGAAGAUGUUGGGAACAGUUUAGAUGCUUCUUCAUCAGAUUUAACCGUAAUAAAGGAACUUGAAGAGUUACCUUUGGAGCCAGAACUGUUACUGCAGAGUGAAGUUAAGGAACGAGCCUUAAAGAUCCCUGUUGAAGACAAAGAUACAAAGGCAGUCACAAAAGAUGAGAAAGGCCGUGUGGGGAGUGGUUCUGGCAGAAAUUUGUGGGUUAGUGGACUUUCCUCCUCUACUAGAGCUACAGAUUUGAAGAACCUUUUCAGCAAGUAUGGAAAGGUGGUUGGUGCAAAGGUGGUGACAAAUGCUCGCAGUCCUGGCGCUCGCUGCUAUGGCUUUGUGACCAUGUCAACAUCUGAGGAGGCCACCAAGUGCAUCAAUCACCUCCACAGAACAGAGCUGCAUGGUAAAAUGAUUUCUGUGGAGAAGGCGAAAAAUGAACCAGCAGGAAAAAAGCCAUCUGACAAAAAGGAAGGUGAAACAAGGAAGGAAAAAGACAGGCACCAUUCUGCAGAUUCCAAAUCUGAGAAAUCUGUUGGUAUUAAGAAGGAGGAGAAGAUCGACAAAAAAGAUGAUGCUAAGAAAUCAGAAAAAGAUGAAAAAGAAGGAAAAGAAAAGGAUGAACAAAAGACUGGAUCUUCUGAUAGAUCCAGGGCAAGCAAAUCAGCAAGUCGAGGAACAGAAAGGACAGUGGUGAUGGAUAAAUCUAAAGGAGAGCCAGUUAUUAGUGUGAAAACUUCUGCAUCAAAAGAGAGGAGCACAAAGAGCCAGGACCGCAAAUCGGAGAGCAAGGAAAAGCAGGAUAUUUUAUCUUUUGAUAAAAUCAAGGAGCAGCGGGAGCGGGAGCGGCAGAGGCAGAGGGAGAGAGAAAUCAGGGAGACAGAGAGGCGCCGAGAGAGAGAGAGGCGAGACCGGGAGCAGCGCCUGGCAGCCAUUCACGAGCGGGACGAGAGGCAGAGGCUCCAGAGGGAGCGGGAGCGGCUGGAAUUCCAACGGCAGCGCCUGGACAGAGAGCGCCUGGAGAGGGAGAGGCUGGAGAGGGAAAGGAUGCACAUAGAGCAGGAGAGGAGACGGGAGCAGGAGAGAAUCCAGAGGGAGAGGGAGGAGCUGCGACGCCAGCAGGAGCAGCUGCGCUACGAGCAGGAGCGGAGAUCUGCCAUGAGGAGGCCUUAUGAUCCUGACAGCAGGCGGGAUGAGCCCUACUGGCCCGAGGCCAAGCGGCUGGCGCUGGACGAUCGCUACCACUCGGACUUCGGCCGCCAGGAUCGCUUCCACGACUUCGACCACCGCGAGCGCGGCCGCUACCAGGAGCACUGCUUGGACAGGAGAGACUGUACAAGGGGAAUUCCAGAUCGAGAUGGGCAGCACUACCCAGACGAGCGGCACGGGGGGCCCGAGCGUCACUCCCGCGACAGCUGGGGCGGCUACGGCUCCGACAGGAGGAUGAGUGAGGGAAGAGGGAUCCCCCCACAGACCCGAGAUGGACGUGACUGGGGAGAUCAUGGUCGAAAGUUAGAGGGGCAUCAAGAUCGUACAUGGCAGGGAAAUGUGGCUGGAGGAGUGAUGGGACGGGAUCAUGAGAGAUGGCAAGGUGGUGAUAGAAGCAUGCCUGGUCAGUCAGGACCAGGCCAUGGGAUGACUCGAGGAGGAACAUCAGGGCGCGGGGGCUUUGCCGGCAGCCAGGGCCAGCCCGUGCAGGGCAGCGGCGUCCCCGGGCUCUUUGCAGCUCCUGAGAGACCCCCCAGGCCGAGCUUCAGCCGCCGCUACUGAGCCUGAGCCUGGCCGCGCACAGAGGGCUCAGCGCCGCGACGCCGCGCGUGAGUUUUAUUAACCCGAGGUCACCUCGAGGUUGUGGUUCUAAAAAUGCCAGACUGCUGCUGCGCCGUGGCCAAAUCUGUGUCAGCUCGGUUUGGUUUGGGUUUGGUUGUUUUUUUUUUGUUUGUUUGUAAUGAACGUGGUGUUGGUCACACAUCGCUUUUAAGUUUCUGUAAGUGAAACAUUCCAUUUUUCAAAAAUAAUAAAACCGGUUUAUGGCUACUGGG